AUGUCUUUAGCGAACACUCUCGGAGCUGCAACCUCUACUACACCUGCACCGCCUAAAUUGGAUACGAAAUCUGCGUUGCUCAGUGAGCUCAAAACUGCGAGAAAAUCUACCGAGACGUCCGCUGCAAGUAGUGGAGAGAGCAAGUACACGCUGAUGUUGAAGCGCGGUGUGCCAUUUGAAGCUGUUCAGAAUUGCAUGAGGAAGGACGGUGUUGAUCCCUCAACCUUGAAGCCCCUCCCUCCAGUCGAUAAAGCCCCGGCGGACGAUGGUGAUGCGGGCGAAGUGGCUGAUGCUCAGAAAAAAAUGCUGAAGGAUAUGGAAGAGUACAGCAGCUAUUUCCGAAUGCUGCGGAUGGGAUGCCCGAAGGAGGCAGUGAAAAAAGUUAAUGAUGGACGGGAUCGAUCCAAUAAUCCUGACUUGGGGCCGGAGGCCGUCUACGACGAGGUGAAGGACCGCAUUGCCGCUACGCAGAGUGUGUCGAAGCUUCAGGACGACAUUAAAUGUGUGAACUCGUCGACCAGUAACAGCGAGAAAGAUGCAGCGUCGGAAGUUCUACUGAAAGAUCAUGAAGUUUACGCGAAGUACUUCAAGAUGUUGAAGAUGGGGCUACCCGAGGGUACUGUGAGGCAAAAGAUGAAGGCUGAUGGCAUGGAUGACCGGGCUUUGGAGCUUGGUGGUGGUGCAAUGGUGUCGCAGCUGGCAGGGGCAUCUGGUGGAAACGGUGUCAAACCCCAGGACAAUCCAACGUACGCCAAGUACUUUAAGAUGCUCAAGACGGGGCUGCCGGAAGGAGCGGUUCGCCAGAAGAUGAAGACUGAAGGUGUAGAUGAGCGUGCUCUUGAUUUGGGUGGAGAUGCGUUUGUGUCAGAGUUAAUCUCUUCGAAUAACGAUGUCAAGCUUCAAGAUGAUCCUGUGUACUCCAAGUACUUUAAGAUGCUGAAAAUGGGGCUUCCUGAGGGCGCAGUCAAGCAGAAAAUGGUGAAGGAGAAUGCUGAUGUGCGUGCUCUGGACCUCGGACCGGACGCCACUCCAAAGCGUCCACGCAAGAAGCUGCACUGGCAGCCCAUUUCGGAGGACCGGCUGAGCAAUCUCACCCAGCAGACAAUUCGGGAAGACGAAGAUGACGACGUUGACUUUGAUAUGGAUAUGGACGAGCUGGAGGCGCUUUUCUUCGCGAACCAAAACCCGGGUUAUGGCAAGAAGAACUCGUCCCGUGGUCAGAGUAAGGCUCUGAAGCGGAAACGGUCCGUGACUCUUAUCGACGGGAAACGUGCAAUGAACGCUGCGAUUUCGUUGGCGCGGGUCAAACUUUCUUACACUGAGAUUGCCCAAGCUGUGAUCAAGUUUGACCCGAACGGUCUGACGCUUGAGCAGCUUGUGGGGAUAAUUGAGUUCCUGCCCACGUCUGAGGAAGCAGCUUUGGUGUCCGGUGCGGAGCUAUCGGCCUCGCUGUCCCAUCUGCUAAAAGCAGGCGAGGAGCUGGGCAAUACCCUGAACGGCAGGGGCGAAGACAACGGGAUCAAGGGAUUCACGGUGGACUCGUUGCUGCGAUUGGGACACACAAAGGCGGUGAACCAGAAGACGACGGUGCUGCACUACCUCGUCCGGCUUGUGAAGAAAAAUCAUCCAGCGCGCGAAUCCUUCGACACCUUCGAUGAAGAGUACAAGAAGCUGGAGAAGGGGCUCACAAGUCUCAAUAACGAGCUGGUACUUCUGGAAAAGCAGCAAGCGGUCGAAAGCCUGGGGCUGGAAGUCACGAUCAAGUCGAUGCAGACUGCCGCCUCCGACAUCGAAGCACAGAUGGAGGCCCUCAAAGAAGGGAUCGACCGGGCACAAGAAGAGGUAUCAAGCGUGCUCGACUACUUUGGAGAAGACCCGAAGCGAAACCCGACAGAGUUCUUCACAACGCUGAUGUUCCAACGCGCACGCAAUGAAGUCGAUGCUGCGGACGAAGCUGCGCAGCGAGCAGCGCUUGAAGAUGCGGCGAUCGAACAGCAUGAGGCCCCAGCCGAAGCCGAGCAACGGAACGACGUUGAAGGUGGUGUCACGUCCGAUUCUAGAGCGAUCACAGACCGAACGCGCGCUCGACACACGGCAUUCCGACGAAAACUUAUGGAUGGAGAGGCCAGCUUACUGUUGUGUUGGUCAUAUUAUACGUAA